AUGAUUGAGGAAAGUAGCAUGCCACAUGAUCCAACUUUUAAAGGAAUGUAUAAUGUUAUUCAUAUUGAUGAGAAAUGGUUCUAUAUGACAAAAAAAUCUGAAAAUUACUACUUGCUACCCGAUGAAGAAGAUCCACCACGUAGCUGUAAAAGCAAAAAUUUUAUUGGAAAAGUCAUGUUUUUAGUUGCUAUUGCUCGGCCAAUGUUUGAUUCACAAGGUUCUGAACUUUUCUCAGGGAAAAUUGGUAUAUUUUCUUUUGUCAAAAAAGAAGCAGCUAAAAGGGGUAGUGUUAACAGACUAGCAGGCACAUUGGAGACUAAACCGAUAACUUCAGUGAAUAAAGAAGUUGUAAGAUGUUACUUGGUUGAGAAAGUAUUGCCCGCCAUCAAGGAAAAAUGGCCAAGAGAGGAUCUAAGGAACCCAAUAUUCAUUCAACAAGACAAUGCAAGACCGCAUAUCGAUCAUGAUGAUGAUGUGUUUCUCCAAGCUGUUGCACAAGAUGGACUUGAUAUUCAUUUGAUGAAUCAACCAGCAAACUCUCCAGAUUUGAAUGUGUUAGACCUUGGGUUUCUUAGUGCUAUUCAAUCCUUACAAUAUAAGGAGUCACCUAAAUAG